AUGCAUUCCUCCAUCUUCUCUUCCUUGUUGCCCAGCUCCAGCUACUCAACAACAGCCCUGGACUUUGAGAAGGAGCACAGGAUCCCUCCUGUGUUAGAGUCUCCCAGGAUGUCUCGGCGGAGCCUGCGUCUGCACUCUACCACUGGUCUCUAUGGUGACGAUAGCCUGGACUCUUCUCUCAACCACAACAUGUACCACAGCACCUCCUUCAGCGCUGGAGGAGCCAGUCGCAGAGAUUCCAAGUAAGUGAUGUUGCUGCUGCCCUGGGGUUCCUUCUAUGGAUUUGGGCCCAGAGAGUUACAUCCAGGGUUUUCUAUGUCUAAUCUGACGGUCUGUUUUUCCUCUCUCUCGCGCUUCGUCUCUUUCUCUCUCUCUCCCAGGGUGUUAAAGAGCAGGAGGUCUCAGCAGCACUCUGUCUCCAGCUCCCAGUCUCUGCUCCUCACCACGCCCCGUAAGAGCCAGCAGCCCAACAGCAGCCUGCACAGCGUGGCCGCCAGCGACGCCUCCCUGCUCUCCUCCAUGCUGGACGAGUCGUGCAUCCAGGAGCGCACGCUGGUCGAAGGCUUCUGGGGUUUGGAUGAAGACUCUGAAGUCAAAGGUAAUUUUUAAAAGGGCCUUAUCAAUCAGUUACUUGUACUGUCUCCAACAUCAGCCUGUGUCUUGAAUGGAUUCCUUUACAAAGGGUGACUGUAUAGUUUUUUUUUUUCUUGAUCAAAUCUAUCUUAGAGUGGACCAUGACAGACCGCAGUUUGUGUGCGGCCAACGGAGACAUUAACUCGGCACAGACCCAGACCUCCAUGGUGAACGGUAGCUUCUGUAAGGACAGCACUAUCCACUCGGACAGAAAUGACGCUCUCACCACAUACUCUAAGUACUCCUCCUCCACUGCAGCCCGCUCUGCCACCAGCAACCAGGCCCUGACAGCUGCCGCCACCUCCCCUCCCUCCACCGUCUACGCCAGGGACAAGAGCCGCAAGCACAAAACGGGUGAGAGAGCCAGGCACAGAAGUACUAUAAUGUAUUAAGCACAUACACGUAUUAUAUCUUGGAGUGUGAGUUUUGCCUUCCCAUUUCGAUGAAAGGAAUAUCAUCCACAGUGUAGUUUGUUGUCAUUGCUGAUACAGGAGUGUGGAAUUUCUUUUCAUUUUCUUACAUUUGACAUGUAUUUUGAUUUGCAAAGUGCAUUUUGAAUGAAGUUGAUUUGAUUUGAUUCAGGUGUGCUGGUGUCCUUCUCGGACACCUGUGUGCGUGUGAGCAGGAAGGCCGCAGCCUCUGUGGUGUACGUCUUCUCACUGCUCUUACAGAAUGUACUGCUGAGAAUACGCAAAGAGGGCAAAGGUAUCAGCCUCUGCGCCGGCUCUGCCUCUUGAUGUCUUUACCGCGCCAACAUUGCCUCUCACUCCAUUUCUCACACAUCUGCCUUGCAGCUUCCCACUUUUGUGUCAUAAUAUAUUGGAUAUUGGAUAAUUUAUCAUUUUAGAUGGGGCUCAACUUUUUUCUGCACUCUGCUUGUGCUGAGAUGGCCUAUGUAAUCUGUAUGCAAAUCAUGUGGUGGCAGCCUGUCAAGAAAUCUGACAAAAGCAUUUUGCUAAAGCUUAACAUAGUCAUACAAUCUGGAGCAUUCCCUUUUUAAUAUGCUCUUUCUCUUUAGGUGUGCUGUGGUCAGUAUUAGACACCUGUCUGAACCAUAGCAGGAGGGCAGCUGCCUCCACAGUGUCUGUAGUGACUCUGCUCAUACAGGCUGCUAUGCUGAAGAUGGGCAGUGGGGGCAGAGAAGUGGUUAAUGGAGGUAUUCCACUGCUUUUUUAGAGGCUGAAUGCUUUUUCAUGGAGGUUGGGCAUCCACAAGGCAGGUGUUGAGUGUGUGCAUGAUUUGCAUAGGUCUAUAGUUGACACUGGUUGAAACCUGAUUUCAGGAAUCACCCUGCUUGCAGUGCACCAAUUAUACAUUUCACUCUUGCUUUCACUCUGUUUUUGAAUAGAUAAUGGUGAAUGAGUAUUUUCUCCUGCACUGUAGUGAAUCUGCACUGACUGGCGGUUGCAGUGGCUGUCACUGACUAACCUAAACUGACACUCCUUGUCACCUGCUUCUGACUGUCCUCUCUCUGAACAGGGAGACAGAGGCUGACACUACCGCAGCUUAUCCUGCCUACACCUUUCUCACUCCUUUUUACAUCACUCUACCUUUCUAUUCUGGUGUUUUCACUUGUUUGGAUGGCACUUUUACCACACAGAUUUCACCCUCUGCGUUUCUCUCCCAAACAAAUGGGCUGCCUUCUCUUUAGCUGUUUCCCUGGUGACAUGCAAAUGCUCUCUCUCUCCCUUGACUCACUAUGUUCAUCCUCAGCUCCGAUGAAGGAAGGGAAAAGAGGGAUGUUUUGAAGUUGAUCGAUAUUUAGUUGUGCUAGUUUUAUCUGAUUUCUUUCUUAUUGGUUGCAGCUCACUCCAGCUACUGUGGAAGCAUGAAUGUAAACGAGUUGGGGACUGAUGGGAAACGCAUGAAUCUUAACGUCUCUCUUUGUAAGUGUAACUGACUUUCAGGCAGUUAUUUUUGUUUGUACGUGAUGACAUGUGCUUGUAUGUAUGUAUGUAUGUGUGUAUCAAUAAUGGACUAACAUUUGUUUAAGUGGAUUGGUGUGAUUUUCAUGUGGUUAGUGAGUAGCCUACAAUUGGUCCUGUAGCUGAGUGUUUCUCUCACCAGUUAUACCUAAUGUCACUGUGUGGGAAAACCAGAGAUGUAAAGUGGGUUGUUCAAACAAACCCCUCUUCUUCUCAGCCUUUCGCUCACCUUUGUGGCUACACACACCUGCCAUGUACUUUUGUUAGGCUUCUCUUUGUAGGGGUAAUGUCAGCCCUUAUGAUGUUUGAUUUUCGUUAGCCUCUCAAAAAAAAUCAUGUUUUCUUUUACGCCUUUGCUGCUCUUCCACACUGCUUACGCUAACAGGUGAUGACUGCAAAGGGAAGCAGCACGUGAAGGCACACAUUGUCUCAUCAUCAUCAUCAUCAUCAUCAUCAUGGGCCUGCCGGUCACACCAUGCGUUGGGGGCACUGUGGCUUGCCACUGCUUACACAGGUUACCUAUUAAGCCAUCAAACUCGGGCCUAUCCUCAUAUACUUGAAAUUAAUGAAUGCACAUCUACCUUUUAGUCCUUAUUUUACUGUACAAUGUAAUUAGAUUAAGUUGUGUUUUUGUUACUUGGUUGGUUCCCAGGCUCCAGUGUGUUGUGGGUGGGGCAGAAGGCAGGCUCAGCUGUGCGGUCCGUGACAAGGAGGAUGAUGUCUGUUCUCUGGUUGGCAGCCAUGUCGCCAGGUCAUCAUUUUACCAUGUUUAAAUAGCUACACUCUCUUACCGUGUUUAACCAGCCUCUCAACCUCCAGAUACACCUCUGCAUGGCCUGCAUGUUUCGUCCUAGUCUCCCCAUGGCUAGCUUGUGUGUCUUCCUACCUGCCUUAACUCAUUAGAAUGGUGGCUUGGAGUAUAAUGUAACCUUCUCCAUCUCUCUAACCUUUUUCUAUUUAAACUGACUAACUGCUGUUUAACAGGUGCUGCAGGCGCUUACAAAAUACUGGGACUCAUUCUUACCUGUUCCAUUUAAUUUGCGUUUCAUCAUUCUAAUUUGCUGCUCUGUGUUAGGCUAGGAAACUGCAAAGGCUGUCUGCAGAACUGCUUCCCCCUCUGCCUGCUGCUUCUGUCCCUCUGGACAUAUUUCGAUUUAAAGUCUGUUCUAAGAAUGGGAGCAAUUUGUCAAGAGGAGUUUGGAGCACUGUGGUUUUACGAAAGAUGGGCUCUCCUUAAAAAAAAAAAAGAUGUUUUCUGCUGUACUGUGCAUCUACGCUGACAGAGAAGAACACUGUUGCUUAGCCUGCUCUAGUGCCCCGGUCUGUAACCUGCACUGUAUAUAUCUCCUUUCCUCUUAUCUCAUCUGGUGAAUGUACUUCAUUCUCUAAUCUUUAGUGCUGUGUGGAAGUGCCUCCUCUACCCCUCCCACCUCCUGAAGAACUUUCACUAAUCCGCUCCCUGUCUUUCUAUUACGCAGGGAAGGCAGCGACCGGGGCCUUCUGGUGGCUGGGGACUGGAUGGUAUCAUCUGGUCACCAUCAUGUCUCUCCUCAACAUCUUUGUCUUGACACGGUGAGUCUCUUGGGUCUGAUGGCGUAACACUCAAGGCUUGUGGUAGUGGAUGGGAUACAUGAUGUGAUCACAUUAACAAUGAUUUUUCUGUUUUCAUAGGUGCCUUCCCAAGCUCCUCAAACUCCUACUGAUUCUGCUCCCAUUCCUCCUCCUUCUGGGUGAGUAGCACAGCUCUUGCUGUCCACCCCAAAGCACUGAUGCUGGUUAUCCAUAUUCCAUAGUACUGUGCAAUCACUUACUCUGACAUACUGUAACCCCAUUCCACUGCAGACACAUCCUCUGUCUCAUUUAUCCUCCUCUGUGUUCUCCCAGCUCUGUGGCACUGGGGUCCGUCCAGCCUGCUGUCUGUGUUGCCUGCCAUUAACGUCACUGAGUGGAGGACGGCCUACUACCUCAGUCAGACCCCUCUGGAACAAACCAAAGACAGCCAGCCCAUCAUGGCUCCACCACCACUACCACCAGCUGUCUCACAGGUAGAAGUGGUAUUGAUGCUCGUAUUCAUUGACCAUUAUAUGAUUGUCAGCUUCCGUAAGACCAUCUAAUUCUAUUGAUAAGGCUAGUUGCACAGUAUAGCUGACCUCUAUCCUCCCAUGUAUGUGAGCAGCCAGGCAGUGUGCUGGUGUCUGUGGACUCUGAGCGCCUAGCCCGGUUGGAGCAGAGGCUGGCCCAGCUGUGGGAUAAGGUGGAGGGAGGGGGCCAAAGGCAGGAAAACCAUCACCGGGAGGUGCUGGGUCUCUACCAGUCUCUACGAGAGCAGCUGGACACCCAGACGGACAAGGACAGCAUGGGGCUGUGGGUGUCUAGCCUGCUGGAGGAGAGACUCACUCUGCUGAAGAGGGGGAUGGAGAAGGAUGCAGCACUGCAGAGAGAACUGGUGAGAUCAUCCGGGUUGGAUUGUCAGGCAUUCAUUUCAUCAAGCAUAUUCAUUUAGCUUGUAAUGAGAAGUAAACAAGUAUGCAAUUCGGUACGCUUACUUUGUUUGCUUUUUUAUUUUUUAGCCUCUGUAUGCUCAUUAAUCUCUACUUUCUUCCUGUGUUGUGCAGAGUCAGGAGAUUCGAGAGCAGUAUGUUGUGCAGCAGCAGGGCCAAGAGUCUCGUCUGGCUCAACUAGAGGUUCUACUGCAGACACUGGCUGCCAAGACAGAUGUACAGACUCAGAGAUCCUAUACUCAUUUCUAUGCACAGACCUUACUGUAGAAGCUCUCUAAAAAAAAAUUGUGUUGUCAUAUAUCCAUGUUAUGUUGAUUUAUGUCUUCAGGAGGUGCAGAGGAGGCAAGAAGAGACUUCCAGUGCUACACCUGCGUUUGCACCAGUUCCUGUACCAGUGCAAGUCAAGUGAGAUCAGCACAUAACCCUUUGGAUUGUAAUAAUUCAAUAAAAUCACGAGUGGUGUUGAAUAUUCCUCCAUGUGACAAUGUUGUAUGCUCUUUCAGUGUGGGUGUGGACAGCGAAUCCCAUGAUGCCUUGCUGGCGGAGGUGCAACUGCUGGAGGAGGCGCUGGGGCGCAUUAGGCAGGACUUGCAGGGGGUGAUGGGAUGCAAGGGCAUGUGUGACCGCCUGGACACACUUCAUGAAACGGUGAGUUGCUUGCUCUGUCUCUGGCUCUGUACUGUACAUGCAUUGCUCCAGUAAUACCAGGGCUUGACAUUAACUUUUAUACCAAUUUUUAUAUAUAUAUAUAUAUAUAAUAUUUAUUUUUUUUAUUUUUUUACUUGUCCAAAAGCUCAAGUCACUUGGUCUGUAACACCAUAGGCCAAAAAGGUGACUGAAAAUUGGGUUGUAUGAUACAAGGAACCACUUCAAUGGAAGGCUGCUGGUCUCUGAUCCCAUGUAUUAUACAGUAUCUCCUGCCGUUGUGGCCUUGAGCAAGGCACUUAACCCUCCACAAAGUAAAAUACUGCACUGAUAGGCUACUGUAUAAAACACAUGGCCCGUCAACCUUCCAUCUGGAGAGUUACUGGGUGUGCAGACCUUUGAUCCAACCCUGCUCCAACACACCAGAGUCAGCUUAUCAAGGGCCUGUUUUUUUAUUUUUAUGUGGUGUGUUUUGAGCAGGGCUGGCGUAAAAGCCUGCACACCCAUUAGCUCUCCUGGACGAGGGUUGGCCACUCUGCAACAUUACAAUUACAACCAAAUACUUAUGAAAUAAUUCCCUCAUUCAAUGACCCAGGGAUCAAAUGGCUAAGGUGGGGGAGGUAGCUAACUAUACUGAACAAAAAUAUAAACGCAACAUGCAACAAUUUCAACAAUUUUACUGAGUCACAGUUCAUAUAUGGAAAUCAAUUAAUUUAAAUAACUAAUUAGUACCUAAUCUAUGGAUUUCACAUGACUGGGCAGGGGCGCAGCCAUGGGUUUGCCUGGGAGUGCAUAGACUCACCCACUUGGGAGCCAGGCCCACACACUGGGGAGCCAGGCCCAGCCAGAGUUUUUUUCCCCCCCACAAAAGGGCUUAAUUACAGACAGAAAUACUCCUUAGUUUCAUCAGCUGUCCAGGUGGCUGGUCUCAGAUGAUCCCGCAAAUAGUCCGGUUGGCCAUUUCAUUAAUUGUUCAACAGUCUUAUGACUUGGGGGAAGAAGCUGUUAAGGAGCCUUUUGGACCUAGACUUGGCGCUCCGGUACCGCUUGCCAUGCGGUAGCAGAGAGAACAGUAUGACUUGGGUGACUGGAGUCUUUGACAAUUUUUUUGGGCCUUCCUCUGACACCGCCUAGUGUAUAUAGGUCCUGGAUGGCAGAAAGCUUGGCCCCAGUGAUGUACUGGGUCGUACGCACUACCCUCUGUAGCGCCUUACGGUCGAAUGCCGAGCAGUUGCCAUACCAGGCGGUGAUGCAACCAGUCAGUAUGCUCUCGAUAGUGCAGCUGUAGAACUUUUUGAGGAUCUGGGGACCCAUGCCAACUCUUUUCAGUUUCCUGAGGGGGAAAUGGCGUUGUCGUGCCCACUUCACAACAUUCUUGGUGUGUUUGGACCAUGAUAGUUUGUUGGUGAUGUGGACACCAAGGAACUUGAAACUAUGGUUGUGAGGCCUGUUGAGUGUACUGCCAUAUUCUCUAAAACGACGUUGGAGGCGGCAAAACUGCACAUUUUAGAGUGGCCUUUUAUUGUCCCCAGCACACGGUGCACUUGUGUAAUGAUCAUGCUGUUUAAUCAUCUUCUUGUUAUGCCACACCUGUCAGGUGGAUGGAUUAUCUUGGCAAAGAAGAAAUGCUCUCUAACAGGGAUGUAAACAAAUUUGUGCACACAAUUUGAGAGAAAUAAGCUUUUUGUGCGGAUGGAAAUAUUCUGGGAUCUUUUAUUUCCGCUCAUGAAACAGUGGACCAACACUUUAUAUUUUUGUUCAGUAUAAGAUGUUUAUCUAUUUGUAAAGUUAAAAUAUUCAGGGGAGAUUGACAGCAUAGGAGUUACUUGUCAAUUAUGCUAUUUUAAGAAUAUUUUGUAACUUUUGUUAGAAUUCAAUGGCCAGUAUUGAAUAGAGGAGAAUCCUAGCGAAUUUUGAACGCUUGAGUGAGAAUUUGAUGACCGGAUUAUGGUUUCAUCAACUGCGCACCCAUGUCAACUUCGUGUCCGCCAUUUGCAGUUAUACACGAGUGCUGGUGGAAAGUUAUUUUAGAACAUCGGACAUGACAUUAAUGCAUGCUAAAUAACCAGCCAAACUACACAAUAGUUAAUCUGUAUGUCUUUUUAUUUGACCUGCUGUGCAAAUGUGUCUCUCUCUCCUCUGGCAACAGCCCACUGGCACACACGCAGGUGAUACAUACACACCAUGACUUUAACAGGAUUUUCAUUGCUGACCAAAAAUGUGCUGUAACUGCGCAAAUAACUCUCACUAGCAAUUAUCAACAAAUGGGCAAACACUGCUAGGCUCGCUUUGAUCUCAAACGCGAUCUCGCGGCUGAGUGAUUGAAAGACCACUCAUGCCUGUCAAUGCAGGCCUACAAUAAUUAUACGCCGAUGCGCUCUGCAGAGAUCAAUUCUGAUCGGAGUUGCCUAAUUGUUUGAUGUAGUGAUUUUUCUAUAGUGUUUUUUGAGAGUGUUUUAACUUGUCCAUUCGGACAACUUAAAUCUUUAAUAUGCUUGUCCAACAAUGUUUGUUUUUGGGGUUUUUUCCUUGCCGCGGCCAAGCGUUUGUCGAGCCCUGUGUACCUUUCCAGAUGGCCUCUCCCAUUCCUUUGAUUAGCUGGUCCUGUACAGACACUCAAUAUUAUUUAAUGCUGAGAUGUUUUUGCUGGUGUUCUUUAUAUAAAUCCUCUCUGUUGACCGGUGACCUCUGUCUGAUGGUGUCUGUCUCCCUGUGUGGUCGUGGCAGGUGUCUGAGCAAGUGUCUGCCCAAGUCAGACGGGAACUGCGGGCCCUGUUCUACCGCAGCGAGCAGGUCGGAGAUUCCGAACCCGGGGAAAAGGAGCUCCUUGAGUCGCUGCUGCAGUGGCUCUCUGAGCGCUAUGUAAGCGGGGCUGAUGUGCAGGCCUCUCUGGCCUCCCUGGAGCUCAGCAUCCUUCAGAACGUGACCCUGCAGCUGGAGGAGAGCAGGGCCAGGCAGGAGACUCUCAGCACUGAGACUGUCACUCAGACUGUGAUGCACACUGUUGGAGCCACAGGGGCCGGGAUGUCCGAGGAGGUAAGGGGUUUGGUUUGGGGAAUUUUGUGGAGAAAGAACAUUUGUCGUUUUUAUUGGCUUAAUUAUUUUUUAUUUAAAGAUGCACUAUGCAUAAAUCGCUCAGGCAUUUCCUGGUUGCAAAAAUUCUAAUAGUUUGCCUAAUUUCAGUUUGACUAAAUAAACAAGUAUAGUGUAGCGCGGUGUUCGCCAACCGGUGGACCACGGGCGGUUGUUUUCUGGCCCCCUAAGUAUUCCCACGCAUAAUAGACACGUGAUCAUGUACAUAUGUAAGCAAGGUUUGAAAUACUUAUGUUUUAGUCAAAUAUUAUAUUUGUUUGGGCUUCUUGUGGUCAAUUUGCAGUCUACAAAUUAUUUGUAAUUAUGUUCCAGCCCUCCAACCAUCCGCUCAAGUUAAAAUCGGCCCGCGGCUGAAUCUAGUUGAUGAUCCCUGUUGUCUAAACCGCUGUGAAAUAUAUUUUCCAUAACCAAAAAUAUUGUAUUUUCAGCUGUUUUUAAAGUUGGUGUACAAAACCGAAAGUAAAAGACUCAAAAACUAAACUUAAGAACAGGAAGCAUAGAAAAAGCGCACACGGAACCGAUUACCGCUUUUUAGACUUUUCAUUGACGGCUCUAACUCGUAUUUCUGUGAAUUUGGUUGGGUCACCCAAAAGGUUAAAAUUCUGUGUUUUGGAUUUCAAAAUGAUUUAUUUAAAUGCAAUGUGAUUAAGUCAAACUAUUUCCUGUCAGUCUGCACUAUUCCAUUUCCUCACCCAACCACCAUUUUCCUCUCUUCCUCCUCCAGCAUGUACAGCUGAUAGUGAAGAACGCUCUGAAACUCUACUCCCAGGAUCGGACCGGCCUGGUGGACUAUGCUCUGGAGUCUGGAGGUAAAGUUUCACAGUUGUUGUGGUGGGGCGUGGCGACUACGCUGAUUUUGUUUAUCUACGUGAUUAUUUGAAUGAUCUGUUUGGACUUUGUACAGUAGUUUCUGGUGUGACCGUCUUUAACGAUGCCCUCGUUGUAAAAUGGGUGUGGUUGCAUUGUGUACAGUUUUGAAAGUGACAUGAGAUAUCAUGGCUGUGUGUGUCUGCAGGUGGCAGCAUCCUGAGCACUCGCUGCUCUGAGACGUACGAGACAAAGACGGCACUGAUGAGUCUGUUUGGUCUCCCACUCUGGUACUUCUCCCAGUCUCCUCGUGUGGCCAUACAGGUACAACUCAAGUCACCACACCACAUGAGACUAGUCUGAGUUUUCUGAUCGCUUCGUGAUUUAUUACAUUGAUUAAUUAUAUUGGGAGAGUUUCAGUUCCUGAUAGUGCCUUUUCCAACAAAAGUAAUCAUCCAUACACUGGUUUAAUCUUGCUCUCUCUUUCUUGCACUGCAGCCUGAUAUCCAUCCAGGGAACUGCUGGGCGUUUCAGGGUUCCCAUGGUUACCUGGUCAUUCGUCUCUCCAUGAGGAUCGUGCCCUCUGCCUUCUCAUUGGAGCACAUCCCCAAAGCCCUGUCGCCAACAGGCACCAUCAGCAGCGCCCCGCGCCAGUUUACCGUCUACGUAAGCCAUGCAAACCUCCAACUACACUGCUUACCCAAUUAACAUUCACGUCGGCUAUUACUGUCUAAGCAAGCCAGUCAGAAGCCCACCUAGUAGACACUCAAGUCAGUCACAUUUACUGUGAGUGUGCUCUGGUGAAGCACUACUGAUUGACACACUUAUUGCUGUGGGUCUCUGCUGUUUUCUAACUGUGUACUCUUGUUUCCAGGGUCUGGAUGAUGAGUACCAGGAGGAGGGUAAGCUACUGGGCAGCUACACCUAUCAGGAUGAUGAGGAUGCGCUACAGACUUACCCUGUCAUCGUAAGUACACUUCAACACUACAGCAAGGGGCUUGAUUGGCCAGAUGUAGAUGUUUAGUAUUCCACAUGGCAUUUAUUUCUAGUACAAUUUAGAGAUGGUGGCUUGGCAAGUUGUAUGUCUUGCUACUCUUACAUGGCUUGAGUGUAAAUGUAGUGUAUUUUGCUAUCUAUCCACAGGAGGAGAAUGAUCAAGCCUAUCAGAUCAUUGAGGUUCGGGUGCUGUCCAACUGGGGUCACCCAGAGUACACCUGCCUGUAUCGCAUCAGAGUGCACGGUCAGCCUAGUAUCAACUGA